AUGUCCAAUAGAGAUAACGAGAGCAUGCUGCGUACUACAUCAAGCGAUAAGGCGAUCGCUAGUCAAAGGGAUAAACGGAAGUCUGAAGUUUUGAUUGCUGCACAGUCCCUUGACAAUGAAAUCCGCAGCGUAAAAAACCUAAAAAGAUUGUCGAUUGGGUCAAUGGAUUUACUUAUUGAUCCAGAAUUAGAUAUAAAAUUCGGUGGGGAAUCUAGUGGGAGACGAUCAUGGUCUGGCACGACAUCCAGUUCUGCGUCAAUGCCAAGUGACACAACCACCGUUAAUAACACACGAUAUAGCGAUCCAACUCCGCUAGAGAACUUGCAUGGGAGGGGUAACUCAGGGAUAGAAUCCUCCAAUAAGACUAAACAAGGUAACUACUUAGGUAUAAAAAAAGGUGUUCACUCUCCAUCCAGGAAAUUAAAUGCUAACGUAUUAAAGAAAAACUUAUUAUGGGUUCCCGCCAAUCAACACCCUAACGUUAAGCCUGAUAAUUUCCUAGAGCUUGUACAAGAUACUUUACAAAAUAUACAACUAAGCGACAAUGGUGAAGAUAAUGAUGGGAAUAGCAAUGAAAAUAACGAUAUUGAGGAUAAUGGGGAGGAUAAAGAAUCACAAUCAUAUGAAAAUAAGGAGAACAACACUAUCAACUUGAACAGGGGGCUGUCAAGGCAUGGAAACGCGUCACUAAUACGAAGGCCUUCAACAUUGCGGAGGUCAUAUACAGAGUUUGAUGAUAACGAAGAUGACGAUAAUAAGGGAGACAGUGCCUCUGAAACAGUAAAUAAAGUCGAAGAAAGAAUCUCCAAAAUAAAAGAGAGACCAGUGUCGUUAAGAGAUAUAACUGAAGAACUGACAAAGAUCUCAAAUAGUGCAGGACUAACCGACAAUGAUGCCAUUACAUUAGCCAGAACUCUUAGUAUGGCUGGUUCAUAUUCAGAUAAAAAAGAUCAACCACAACCGGAAGGGCAUUAUGAUGAAGGAGAUAUUGGUUUUUCAACUUCACAAGCGAAUACUUUGGAUGAUGGUGAAUUUGCCUCCAAUAUGCCCAUCAAUAAUACCAUGACAUGGCCUGAACGAUCGUCACUGAGAAGGAGUAGAUUCAACACUUAUCGAAUCAGGUCACAAGAGCAAGAAAAAGAAGUAGAACAAAGUGUGGAUGAAAUGAAAAACGACGACGAAGAACGUCUAAAAUUGACCAAGAAUACAAUAAAGGUCGAAAUAGAUCCGCACAAAUCCCCUUUUAGACAGCAAGAUGAGGAUUCUGAGAAUAUGAGUUCGCCUGGGUCAAUUGGUGAUUUUCAAGACAUUUAUAAUCAUUACAGACAGUCUAGUGGCGAGUGGGAACAAGAAAUGGGAAUAGAGAAAGAAGCCGAAGAGGUACCCGUCAAGGUUCGAAAUGACACAGUAGAACAAGACUUAGAGUUAAGAGAGGGAACAACAGACAUGGUAAAGCCAAGCGCAACGGAUGACAACAAAGAAACGAAGCGACAUCGUCGAAGAAACGGAUGGACAUGGUUGAACAAUAAAAUGAGCAGAGAAGACGAUAACGAAGAAAACCAAGGGGACGAUGAAAAUGAAGAAAACGUGGAUUCACAAAGAAUGGAGCUCGACAAUUCCAAAAAACAUUAUAUUUCUCUAUUUAAUGGCGGUGAGAAGACGGAGGUGUCAAAUAAAGAAGAAAUGAACAAUUCAAGUACUUCCACCGCCACAUCACAGACAAGACAGAAAAUCGAGAAAACUUUUGCGAACCUAUUCAGAAGAAAGCCACACCACAAGCAUGAUGCAUCAUCAUCACCCUCGUCGUCACCAUCAUCGUCACCAUCAAUACCAAAUAACGAUGCCGUGCACGUUCGCGUGAGGAAAAGCAAAAAGCUUGGUAACAAAAGUGGAAGGGAGCCGGUUGAACCCAUUGUGUUGCGCAAUCGCCCUCGUCCUCACCGUCACCAUCACAGCCGUCAUGGUUCCCAAAAAAUAAGCGUAAAAACCCUUAAAGAUUCUCAGCCGCAGCAGCAGAUACCAUUACAACCACAAUUGGAAGGCGCAAUAGAGAUAGAAAAGAAAGAGGAAAGCGAUUCCGAGAGCUUGCCCCAACUACAGCCGGCCGUUAGUGUAAGUAGUACCAAAAGUAACUCUAGAGACAGAGAAGAAGAGGAGGCAAAGAAAAAGAACAAGAAGAGGAGCAAUACGACAGAAAUUUCCAACCAACAACACUCCAAACACGUCCAAAAGGAGAAUACCGAUGAGCAAAAAGCUCAACUACAAGCUCCAGCUCAAGAACAAGUCCAAACUUCAGUCCCAGUUCAAGCUUCAGCCCCAGUCCAAAAUUCAGCCCCAGUCCAAACUUCAGCCCCAGUUGAAGCUUCAGCUCAAACUCAGGCUCCAGCGGCACCACCAUUGAAACAUACCUCCAUAUUGCCCCCAAGAAAGCUUACAUUUGCAGACGUCAAAAAACCUGACAAACCAAACUCCCCGGUUCAAUUCACAGACAGUGCCUUUGGGUUCCCACUGCCUUUGCUGACAGUGUCUACGGUUAUCAUGUUCGACCACCGUCUACCAAUUAACGUCGAAAGGGCCAUAUACCGGCUGAGUCACUUGAAAUUGAGCAAUUCGAAGAGGGGACUGCGCGAGCAGGUAUUACUAAGUAACUUCAUGUAUGCUUAUCUGAACUUGGUUAAUCACACUCUGUACAUGGAGCAGGUAGCCCACGACAAAGAACAACAACAACAACAACAACAACAACCCUGA